ACACUACCCCCCCACCCCACCCAACCCCCCUCAUCAUCAUCUUCUUCCCUCACCCAUUCUUUCUUUACUUCAAUGCCGCCGCACAAUCACAGAGUUUGAGUUUCGAGUUUGACCUUCUUCUUCUUCUUCUUCUUCUUCUUCUUCCUUUUCUCUCUCUAGAAUCUUAUGUACAUGUUUGUGAAAGAUUGAAGCUUUUGACAAUGGCGAUGGAAGUGGUGCACGAGGAUAUGGGGGAAGGCAAUAUGCAAUGUACGAAUCAUCCAUACAAAAACAGCACUCCUGGUGGGAUCUGCGCUUUCUGCCUUCAAGAAAAAUUGGGGAAACUCGUGUCUUCAUCCUUCUCUGUAGCUUUUUUCCCUUCGUCCUCUUCAUCUUCUUCCCCUUCCUUUAGAUCUGACUUCGGCGGCGGCGGCGCUGCCGCCGCCCGCCACCACAUUACCUCCUCAUCUGUAAACUCCCGAACCACCCAAGCCAAUGACCCCACCUACACCACCACCGCCACCACCACUACCAGGAGGCCAAGAUUGCCGUUUGUCUCAACCCACAGAAAGAAGAAAAAGGAAGGAGCCGCCAUGGCCAUGGCCAUGGGGAGCUCUGAACCCAACACCAUUGUCUUCAAGAGGAGCAAGUCCACUGCAACUCCAAGAAGAGGCAUCCAUUUCUUCGACGGGAAGUAUUACACAGAAGACACCAGUCCACACAGAAGAAGGUUCUGGUCAUUUCUCUACACCUCGUCCUCAAAGCAUUCCACAGCAUCCAAGAAGAGUGCAAAAGACUUCAACUUCACAUCAACAGCCAGGCCCGAAACAAGGGAGAGGAAAAGGGAGGAUCAGUUCGUAGUGGUGGAUGAAAACGACGAGAGUCCUGCAUUCGACAGAAAGGUAUCAAGAUCCAGAUCCGUCGGAUGCGGCAGCCGGAGCUUCUCCGGCGACCUGUUCGAGAAGAUCUCCAAUGGCUUCGGCGACUGCACUCUCCGCAGAGUGGAGUCUCAAAGAGAAGGGAAGCCCAAAGUCCAAACAGCCAACAAAAAUGGAUCAUCACAAGACUGCAUCAAGGAAAGAGUUAAAUGUGGUGGGAUUUUCAGUGGCUUUAUGAUCACAUCAUCCUCAAGUUCUUCCUCAUCUUCUUCAUACUUGGUUUCAGAGGACAAACAGUCAGCAGGCAAUGGGAAGCCAUUGCCAACAACAAUGAAGAACAGUAACAGUAUCUCCCAUGGGAGGAGCAGAAGCUGGGGAUGGGCACUGGCAAGUCCUAUGAGGGCUUUAGGAAAAACUACAUCAGGGAAAAGGGAUGCAGCUGCUGCAAACAAGAAUUCUACUCCAAACUUGGCUGCAAUUCCUUCAUUGUUGGCCGUUAGUGGCUGAAGCAAAGACUCAGUAAAUUGCCUGAAACUUUUACUGCUACUGCAACUACUACUAUACUUUUUCUAUUUAAUUUAAUUUUUCUUUUUUUUACUUUCUUGGUUAAGUUCAUGUUGGUGCAGUGCUUAAGUUAAUGUGAAGAAUUGUUUUGCUGAGGUCUGAAUAUGUAUGAUUAUUAUUAUUGUUACUCUUAUUCUAUUGCUAGUUUUAAUUGAGUGGGUGAGUGAGGAGGAGGAUCUUGAUCUGGGUUGUACUUGUACUGUAGCAGUCUGUCUUCUUUGUAAAUCAAUGGUGGUGUCAUAUGUGCAUUUGCAUGAGAUUGAUGAAAGAUUGGAGAAUAAAUUGAGCCAUGUGGAGACUCUUGAUGAUCA